UCUCUCUCUCUUUCCCUCUGAGUCUCCUGUCCAGACCCAGAAAUACCUUCCAAAGACGAGGUCAGCAGCAACUCCCGGCUUUGAGUUCAUCAAGUUCUAGAGAAUGUGGAAUCUUCUCUGAGAGAGGACAGAGGAACGUCAGAAUGACCGCAGCUCCUUGAGACGACGAGCGUCAUGGCGGUCAAACUGAACCUUUGCUGCGUCUUCUUCAUCCUGACGGCCGCCACCGUAAAGCCUCAAGUCAAUCCAGAAACGUGUCGCUAUCCUCUGGGCAUGACCGGCGGGCAGAUCCAGGACGAGGACAUCUCUGCUUCCAGUCAGUGGUCCGAGUCCACUGCCGCACGAUUCGGAAGACUGGACUUUGACACCGGCGACGGGGACGGGGCCUGGUGUCCCGACAUCAUGUCGGAGCCGGGCGGCUUCAAGGAGUACCUCCAGGUGGAUUUGCGCUCGCUGCACUUUAUCACCCUCGUGGGCACCCAGGGUCGCCACGCCGACGGCAUGGGCAACGAAUUCGCCCAGAGGUACAGAAUAAAGUACAGCCGGGACGGCGGCAGCUGGAUGGGCUGGCAUGACAGGAUGGGGAAUCAGGUCGUCGAGGGCAACAAGAACACCUACGAUGUGGUCCUGAAGGAUCUCGAGCCCCCCAUCGUCGCCCGCUUCGUCCGCUUUAUGCCCGUCAUCGACCCCUCCUCGAUCGUGUGUAUGAGGGUGGAGCUCUACGGCUGUGAAUGGCUGGAUGGCCUGGUGUCUUAUAGCAUUCCAGAUGGACACCAGAUGAUCUACAGAGGCCUGGAUGUCUUCUUCAAUGACUCUGUGUAUGAUGGAGCAACAGCUCAAAGGCUGACCAAGGGCCUGGGCCAGCUGACGGAUGGCGCCUGGGGUUUGGAUGACUUUCUGCACAGCCAUGUCCCUGGAGCGUGGCCUGGGUACGACUACGUGGGAUGGAGCAACAAGACUUUCCCUAAAGGUUACGUAGAGGUGGUCUUUGACUUUGACCACAUCCGCAACUUCACCUCCAUGAAGGUUCAUUGCAGCAACAUGUUCAGCCGUGGAGUGAGGCUGUUCAGACAGGCCACGUGCUUCUUCCGCUCCGAAUCGGAAUGGGAGCCUGACCCCAUGACCUUCAGGCCGUCCACCGAGCCCCUGAGCCAAAGCGGCCGAUUUGUCACCGUGCCCCUUGGGGAUCGAACGGCCAGCAGCAUCAAGUGCCGUUUUCACUUUGGCGACCAGUGGCUGCUGUUCAGCGAGGUGGCCUUCCAGUCGGGCUCUGCCGUUUACAACACGUCGCUGGGUCCUCACAAGCAAGGACAACCCAAAAAAUCCCUUCUAGGGGAGGAUCCCACUCACAAAGUGGACGACAGCAACACGAAGAUCCUGAUUGGCUGCCUGGUGGCUAUUAUCGCCAUCCUUUUGACUGUCAUAGUCAUCAUUCUGUGGAGGCAGGUCUGGCAGAAGAUGCUUGAGAAGGCCUCCCGGCGCUGGUUGGACGACGAGCUGACGGCUCGCCUCGCCGCGCAGACCCAGGCCUUCUCCUUCCUCCGCUCCUCUCAGUCCAGCGAGGACGGCUCCGGCUCCGGCUCCAUCUCCACGUACGAGAGAAUCUACCCCGCCUGCGCCGACUACCAGGAGCCUUCUCGCCUCAUCCGCAAGCUGCCCGAAUUUGCCGAGUGCGCAGAACACCUCAAGUCGGGAACCUCCAGUAGAGCAGGCGUCGGUUCCGACGGCGCGCCGCAUUACGCCGAGGCAGAUAUUAUCAGUCUGCAGGAGUCCUCGGACAGCGGCUCCAUCACAGCCGUCAACAUGAACCUCUUUGCUGGAUCGGAUUUGACCUUGAGGGAGUUCCCAAAAGAGAAGCUGACCUUCAAGGAGAAACUGGGAGAGGGCCAGUUUGGGGAGGUGCACUUGUGCGAGGCUGAGGACAUGCAGGACUUCUUGGGUGAGGAUACGUCGACGGAAGGUAGCAGCGAGUCUCCUUUGCUCGUAGCUGUGAAGAUGCUGCGGGAAGACGCCAACAAGAACGCCAGGAACGACUUCCUGAAGGAGAUAAGAAUCAUGUCUCGUCUGAGGGAUCCCAACAUCGUCCGCCUGCUGGCGGUGUGCGUGGACACGGACCCUCUGUGUAUGAUCACGGAGUACAUGGAGAAUGGAGACCUGAACCAGUUCCUUUGCAGUCUCAGACUGAAGACCCUGACUAGUGGCGAGGCAGACCAGCAGGAGGGGAGCGACGAAGUCAGUUCCGUCAAACUGCUCGGCAUGGCGGUGCAGGUCGCGUCUGGUAUGAAGUACCUGUCCUCUCUCAACUUUGUCCACCGGGAUCUGGCGACCCGCAACUGCCUGGUGGGGAAGAACGACACCAUCAAGAUAGCGGAUUUCGGCAUGAGUCGGAACCUCUACAGAGGGGACUACUUCCGCAUCCAGGGACGAGCCGUCCUGCCAAUUCGCUGGAUGUCCUGGGAGAGCAUCCUUUUAGGUAAGUUCACCAUGGCCAGCGAUGUGUGGGCCUUCGGGGUGACUCUGUGGGAAAUCCUGACCCUGUGCAAGGAGCAGCCAUACUCGCAGCUCUCUGACGAGCAGGUGAUCGAAAACACGGGCGAGUUCUUCAGGAACCAGGGCAAGCAGGUAUACCUGCCAAAACCUCAGUGUUGUCCUGACAGAAUCUACGUCGAUCUCAUGCUAAGUUGCUGGAGGAGAAACGCUAAGGAAAGGCCGAGCUUCCAGGAGAUACAUGCCCAGCUGACGGAGACCAGAUGAGACACCAAGCAACUUCUAUAGAGUUAAUUAAGCCUGGAAGUGUCAGUUCUAGAUUAACUGGACAAACUAUGGAGCUAAAUUGGGGUCACAAAGUUUGUUCAAAAGAAAAAAAUCUGAAACUGACAAAAAAGUUUUACAUUCUG